AUGGGAAUCUCUGCUUCCUCCAGCAUCCCUAAAGGGUUUGAAGCCAAAAGCCGAAGCAGCAAAAAUGAUACAAAAGGGCGAGGCAGCCCAAAGGAGAAGACUCUGGACUGUGGGCAGAUUGUCUGGGGUUUGGCCUUUAGCCCGUGGCCUUCUCCACCCAGCAGGAAGCUCUGGGCACGCCACCAUGCCCAAGUGCCAGACAUCUCUUGCCUGAUCCUUGCUACGGGACUCAAUGACGGGCAGAUCAAGAUUUGGGAGGUGCAGACAGGGCUCCUGCUUUUGAAUCUUUCCGGCCACCAAGAUGUCGUGAGAGAUCUGAGCUUCACACCCAGUGGCAGUUUGAUUUUGGUCUCGGCAUCUCGCGAUAAGACUCUUCGCAUCUGGGACCUGAACAAACAUGGUAAACAGAUCCAGGUGCUCUCGGGCCACCUGCAGUGGGUUUACUGCUGCUCCAUCUCGCCCGACUGCAGCAUGCUGUGCUCGGCCGCUGGAGAGAAGUCGGUGUUCCUGUGGAGCAUGCGGUCCUACACGUUAAUCCGGAAGCUAGAGGGCCACCAAAGCAGUGUUGUCUCUUGUGACUUCUCCCCCGACUCCGCCUUGCUUGUCACGGCCUCUUACGACACCAACGUGAUCAUGUGGGACCCCUAUACUGGCGAGAGGCUGAGGGUACUCCAGUAAGGAUGGGAUCCCUGCUUCGG